AUGGCGUCCGAAAAUGCGAUAUAUGGGGAACCGUUCCCUGUGACGGUGGCGGAGUUACUGGCAUACACGAGGAAGGAUCUCAAUGAUCAAGCGAAACAGCAGGGCGAAGUGUCAGCGGAGGGGUUGGAGGGGGGAGUGCACACCGGAGUGACGGUGGAUCUCAGCCAUAAGAACAUACAUGCGUUACCGGUUGAGGUCAUUGACCUGAUCAAGGACAAGGUCGAGCGGUUGGCACUGUCGCAUAAUGUUCAGAUCGCGAUACCCACACAGAUUGUGCAAUGCGGUCGGCUGCGGUAUCUAAACCUCAGGGGCAACCAGCUGCGACACUUUCCCGAAGCUGUUCUACAGCUGGCUCACUUGGAGAUCCUCGACCUGAGCAAGAAUAAGCUUGUUUCUAUCCCUGAGGAUAUCAGGAGCAUGACGUCGCUCAAGUUUCUGGCUGUCGCACGCAACAAGAUUGCCCGGCUACCGCUUGCCUUGGGUGAAAUGCCAAGCCUUCAUAAACUAAAGUUUCACGACAAUCCCAUCGAGUAUCCUCCUUUGGAUGCUUUGACCAGGAACUACGACGAUACGACAUCGAACAUUGACGCCGAGACGGAGAGGGACGUAUGUCAACAAGUCAAGCGCUUUCUCAAGGCCGCCGCACUGCGAGAAAGGCUAAAGGCGGACUCGCAAGAGAACUUAAGUGAAAGCAAUGUCGAAACUCCUAGGCCUCCGAAACGGACGUUGACUGUAGGGCGCUUUCCCGUCAGGCCGAACGUUAGUGGCAUGGAAAGCAUGGAAUCACCGAUGUCGAAGUCUCCCAGCGGCGCACCACCCAUACCCUUACGAUCACACGCACGCAAUCAGUCAUCUAAUCCACCUACUUCGAGGAGGCCAGUUAUCACACCUUUGCUCACAGCGGAUCACGAAGUUAGCCGCAGCCGAAGUGAGACAGUAUCAUCAUCAGCAAGUGGCAGCCUAAGAGCGCGACGGCAAGGUCUCAUCGCACCGCGCAAGCCUACUUUAGACAUUAGCAGCUCCGACCAAGCUUCGAGCGCGGCUUCCGUGCGCGCAAGCCAAGCGUCCACGAUCAGAGCCGCGCAUUCCCGCGCAAACAGCUCGGUAUCGACGUUGAAUGGCUUUCUAUACCCAAGCAGUAGCGGCGAGACAUCCUCAGGUGCAGUCAGCCCGAUAGACGGAUCCAUGAGUCGCUAUGGCGCUGUCCGCAGGCUCUCAAGCCUACCUGAGAAUCGCAAUUCGAAGUUGCAAAGUGGUAACGGUGUACGGGCUGCGAAGCGUUUACUCUUCUCGCUAUUUCAGUUGCACGGGCCGAUCGGCGAAGUCACCCGUGCGAUCAAGGACGGCACGCCUAAGCGAACCAUGCUCGAGCGGCAGCUGUUUAGUGCAAACGCACUUGUUGAGGAGCUUGACCGACUGUUGAAUCGUGCCGACAUCAACUGCGAAGAAGAAGACAAGAAUGAUGAGGCAGCCGUGAGCGGCAUUUUGUCGACAUCGAUCGCCGCGCUGAAGGCGUAUGGCUUGGUCGUAAAGGAGUUGCGUCAGCACACGCAACGGGUGAUAUCGCUCACCGAAUCCGUCUACGUUCGCUACCUGAUGUCGCAGGUCUACAUGACAAUGGUCGAGUCGAGGAACAUAUGCUCGAUGCUCGGCUUCAAGCUGCGGUCACCGGCGUCGAAGAGCACACCUCGUACCUCGCGCGCUUGGAGUAGCCGGACAGUCACGCCCACGCAGCCGAAACCGCUAAACAGCCGCCGCAUGCGAGGCGCGACCAUCUUGCAAAGCAUCAGCAGUAACGCUUCCCUCCGCAGCAUGGCGCUACCUAUGCCAUUAUCUGCUAACGGCAGCCGUACCAACACAAUGACUUCGCUGAGCUCAUUCGGAAGCACCAACAUAUCGCGAAACGAGUCCUUCACGUCUCUGGCCUCCAGCACGCUCCCAUCACGCAGCAACACCAUGCGAAGCGUUUUCGAUUAUGGUGAAAACGACGAGCAGUUUGACCACAUCUACCUCAAGCUACAGAGCGCGUGUGACUUGGCCCGGAAAUCUUUACCGCAUUGUCGGACGGAGUUUGUUACACGUAAGGAGAGCGCUGACACAGCGGGCCAGCCACGCGCGGCACAUCACUGGGCGUUGGCGAUCAGUAAAUGCGAUGCGGUCAUUGCCGCGAAUACGCUGCUGCACAACAGGCUCAAAGUUGUUAAGGUGAAGGAUCCUGGCGUCCGCAACCAGAAGGACUUCUGGCAGCUUUGCGACGCUUUCGUGCAGUCAUGGACCGACCUUGCCACAGAGAUAAAAGAUAUAGCCCAACAACGCAUCGACAUCACCACCGUCAAGACCGUUAUGCGACCUGUCCAAAAAGCGGUCAAGGAAGUCAGCAAAACCAUCUCCGAGUCACCCUUAUACCACCAAGCCGUCCGGCAAGCAGGCGGUACCACCUCAACUACAAACGGCCUGGUUCCACCGUUCCCGGCAAACAUCAACACGGCCUAUGCACAAGCUGCGGGACAAACCAAUGGUCUACAUUCUGGCUAUGUAACUCCCGUGCCGGCGACGCCUUUGUCUGCGGCGCUGGGCCCGGCGGUGCAAGCUACUGUCGCAAGUACGCCGCCAGCAAACCUUGGGCCUCCGUCGGAGUACUUUCAGAAUGCUGCAGCGCCAGCUGGGUAUGUGCCGAAUGGGAGGGUCGUGCAUGAGAGGGUUGAUACGAUGAUGCAGCCUACACCAUUUGGGAGACGAUGA